AAUUUACCCCUGCUCGUACCCCUCGGCCGCACAGCGCCAUCGAGGGAAGACGUCAGAUGAACGAGUGGCUGUAUGAGUUGGAGAAGAUGCAGAGUGGGGACUAUUUUGAAGGAAGCCCCACUGACAGCCCAGAGGUUGAGCCCCAUCCGAAGGUUCAUUUGGGUCGUACCCCUCGCCCGCACAGCGUCAUCGAGGGAGGUAGCCAGAAUCUAGACAGGUGGUUACAGGAGCUGGAGAGGAUGGAGAACGGGAGAUAUUUCGGAAACCCUGACCGAGUGCAGAGAGAUCAAGUGCAGGCCCCUUUCUACAACGGGACAGCGUCGAUGCCUACCCUUCACAAGGAACCCGUUGGCUCUGGCCUGCGUCACCACUACCAAGGCCUCCCCUCAUCCCCAUCUCUCUACAGCCGGGACAGGGACCUCUCCCCUGUGGGACUCCCAGCCCAUGUGACAGUUCCCUGGGCAGCCAGGAGUCCCUCAGGGCAGGAUUGUCCUCCGCCCCGGACCACAACGGUAGCUGGGAAAGGGCUAUAAUCAAGCAGGCUCCAGGGAAGGAGGAGGCUAAACUCAGCUCUCUGACUCCGGUGAGAGUGGGCUGGCUGCCCAUCCAGAGAAGGGCCCUGUUGAGGGAUGCUCCAGGCCCUGGACCCAGACAUCCACACCUUCAGGUCAAUGUAGCCAGACAGGUGAGACUUAAACCGGCCAUUACCCCGACCUUCCGGAAGAAUCCUGUCAAGGGAAACGUGAUCAAACCUGUAGUAGGUCUCAGGCAAGGAAGGCUCAGUGCCAAUGAAGAGGGACAACAGGUCUUUAGGUUGGCAGGAUCCGAGGAGAAGUUGGGCUAGCAGGACAACAUCCCACCUCAGUGGUAGUGGGACUCCUACCCAGUCUAACAACUCCCUCCCCGGGGCUAACACUAACUCAGAGCCUGCCAGGAAGAGCCCUCUACACAGGACAACGAGCAACAACCAACAGCCUUCACACACUGAGGUUCCACCCUAUGGGACCAGCUCACAGUCUCCUGGAAUCCAAUCUGGGGAUGACUCAGACUCAGAACCCUGUUGGAGAUCUUCUCUACACAGGACCAACAGCUUCCAAACGUCUUCUCCCUGGACGAUCAGGCCAACAGUCCAAAAUAAUCCUUCACACACUGAGAUAACCCCCUCUGCAACCAAAUAUGCACCGUACAGGAGCAACAACCCUCUAUGUAGGACAAACAGCGUCCAACAGAAACCCUCACACGCUGAGUUAACUCCUUAUAGAACCAGCUCAGAGCCUUACAGAGCAACCUCUCUACAAAAACAAACAAGUUGUCUUCCACAAACUUCUCCUGCUGGGGUAGUAUCACCCCCGGCCCCUGGGACCACUACAGGUGCUACCAUCGUCCUGAAGACAACUACACCAGCCUUCUCCUCCAUUACCAUCGCCAGCAAGAAGAUCUCCAGGACGACAAGCCUCCCUGGGUCUAGACCUCUGAGCCCUGGAUCUAGACCCCAGAGCUACCACUCUGACGAGACCAAGGUCCCAGGCUAUAAAGCCCCCAGGCCCCAGAGCUACCACUGCAACGAGGCCAGAGCCCAAGGCUAUAAAACCCCCAGGCCCCAGAGCUACCACUGCGACGAGGCCAGGGUCCCAGGCUAUAAAACUCCUAGGCCCCAGAGCUACCACUGCGAGGAGGCCAGGGUCCCAGGCUAUAAAACCCCCAGGCCCCAGAGCUACCACUGCGACGAGACCAGGGUCCCAGGCUAUAAAACCCCUAGGCCCCAGAGCUACCACUGCGACGAGGCCAGGGUCCCAGGCUAUAAAACCCCCAGGCCCCAGAGCUACCACUGCGACGAGGCCAGGGUCCCAGGCUAUAAAACCCCCAGGCCCCAGAGCUACCACACAAACCAGGCCAGAGUCUCCACCACCUGCACCUCUGUCACCCAGCAGGACCAGGUCCAUCACCACCACCCCACCGGCAACGACCCCAGCUCCACCCCUGUCACCCUCAGGAGAAAGUCCACCGCCACCAUAGUCAAAGUGACCGAGCACAGAAGGAUGACCUCUGAACCUGUCAACCGACUGAACGGAAGGCAGAGCCCUGUUUCAUCUGUGUCAGGUGACCAACCAAAUGAUCAGGGCACGGCGGUUCACAGGAGAAAAGCCACCGUCAUCAAAGUGACCGAGCACAGAGAGAGCUACAGCCCAGGUCAGGAUGCCAGAGGUGUGAUCAGAAGCAGCAGUAGGCCGUCAGAGUACAGACACAGUUACACAGAGGGAGUGUACAGACACACAUCCCCGUGGCAACAAUCCCCGUGGCAACAAGGAGCCAUGAAUUCAAACAUGAACUCUGUGGAAUCACUCCAGAGUACCCCUCCCUCCCAGUACCUUCUAGAAUCAUCUAUGGGCAGGAUAGACAGGCCCAACUCUGCUCUGUUCCUGACUCCAAACAAGUCCACCUCAACCACUACAGUUGCUCUGAGGGACCCAGAGGGAGGCAGAGGUGGAGGGAAGCCAAUACAGAAGUCUACCCUGAUGCUGUUCAUCAACCCCCCUUCUCCCUCUUCCAGAGAGACGUCCAUAGAGAAGUUUGGUGUAGAGAGAGGAGGCGAAGAGAGACGGGCUCGGGACAGAGCCAGGAGGCCAGCAAGCUGCUAUGCUAAUGUAUUUGGCCACACUGACCCAACAGAGCCAUGCCCGGUCUCAGAGACUGUUACUGUUAAACAAGCUGGACCCUGGAACUGGAGCCCAGAGACUGUUACACAAGCUGGACCCGGGAACUGGAGCCCAGAGACUGUUACUGUUAAACAAGCUGGACCCUGGAACUGGAGCCCAGAGACUGUUAAACAAGCUGGACCCGGGAACUGGAGCCCAGAGACUGUUACUGUUACACAAGCUGGACCCGGGAACUGGAGCCCAGAGACUGUUACUGUUAAACAAGCUGGACCCGGGAACUGGAGCCCAGAGACUGUUAAACAAGCUGGACCCGGGAACUGGAGCAUGGGACUUCCUAACCAGACCCAGAAUUCUAAUAUUGACCCAGUGAGGGACUGGGUCAAGGACACUGCUACCAGCAACAGUAGAUUAAACACUGGAGAUUCUAGCUCUUCCAUCACUGCUACGGACAGGGAGAUGUGUCCCCCAGAGACAGAGUCCUCCAGACCAGAGGGAAGAGGGACUGAGAGAGGGAUGUGUCCCCCAGAGACAGAGUCCUCCAGACCAGAGGGAAGAGGGACUGAGAGUGGGAUGUGUCCCCCAGAGACAGAGUCCUCCAGACCAGAGGGAAGAGGGACUGAGAGAGGGAUGUGUCCCCCAGAGACAGAGUCCUACAGACCAGAGGGAAGAGGACUGAGAGAGGGAUGUGUCCCCCAGAGACAGAGUCCUACAGACCAGAGGGAAGAGGGACUGAGAGAGGGAUGUGUCCCCCAGAGACAGAGUCCUCCAGACCAGAGGGAAGAGGGACUGAGAGAGGGAUGUGUCCCCCAGAGACAGAGUCCUCCAGACCAGAGGGAAGAGGGACUGAGAGAGCAGGAGAUCUAACACAACAUCCACACCAGGCAGAUGCCAGGAGCAGCCAACCACAACCUCCAGCUAUCACUCUCAUCAAGCACCAAGAGCCCCAGUCACAUCAGCAGUCUCCUGAGGUUAUCCUCGCCCUGAACGCUGCCUCCGUCAUAGCUCAUAUCAAACUCCAGAGACAACUGAGCCUGAAGAAGACAACACCACAUGACCUUUCUACACAGGCCUCAAGGUCACACACCUCACCGGAAGAGGGAAAAGCACUGGUGAAGGAUGCUGGUGGUUGUGUGCGACCCAGGACUGAUGAUAACAGACUAGACCCUGGUGAGGCCACCAGAACCAAACAUCACACAACCCAGAUUGAUGUUGGGUUUAUUCC